AUGGCCGUGGGGUGGAGACCGGCCCCGACAGGGUGGAUCACAGUGAACUCAGAUGGCUCGCUCCUGCGGCCGUCUGAGUCUACCGCGGCAGGAGGAGCGCUUAGAGACUGGCAGGGUCGCUUGUUGGGGGCCUAUACGAUGAACCUGGGAAGAUGUUCCAUCACCCGAGCUGAAAUUUGGGGGGCACUGAAGGGCCUCGAGCUUUCUUGGGAGGCUGGGCAUCGCCAGGUGGAGUUGCAGAUUGACUCAAAGACGGCGAUAGCUCUGCUCCUAGACACUGGUCAGCACUGUCACCAGCACGCCAAUCUCACUAUUCGGUUUCAGGACCUGCUUCGCCGAGAUUGGACAGUUCGUGUCACACGUAUUUAUAGAGAGGCCAACUUUUUGGCUGAUUGUCUAGCUCACAAGGGGCAUCUGUUAGCUCCUGGAACUCAUAUGAUUGAUGUAUCGGACCCGGAUGUUUGUCGGUGGGCCCUUUUUGACUCUGUUGGUGGUUUUACCAUUCGAUCGAUUGCUGAAUAA